CGGUUGGGGGGGGCGUGGGAAGAAAAAAAAAAAAAGGGGGCGGUGGCUGGCCGGGAUUGAUGCGUCCGGACUCGGGGACGCCUUUGCAAGCAGCGGACAGGCGGGCCGGCCGGCCGACUCGAAGGCAAGCGGAGGCGCGGGAGAAGGCGCGGAGCGGAGCCGACGUCGCAAAGCCGGAGCUGCUUUUGUUCCGUCGAGCGGACUCCCGCUUCGCCCGUUGUGCAGCCGCCCCUUCGGAUCGCCGCCUUUGGGUGCCCUGUUUGUGAUGGCCGAUCACAUGAUGAUGUCAAUGAGCCAUGGCAUGAAUGGGAUGCAGAACUACCGGAUAAGCAUGAAUGGGAUGCAGGCCCCGCCACAGCAUGGACAGCAGCAUGUGCUAAGGACGCUUCCUCCCAACCACCAGAUGAUGCAGUAUGGAGGCCCUGCUAUGGAUGGAGGGAUGAGGCAGAGGCCGGGCAUUAAUGGACAGAUGGGUCACCACCAGAUGCCAAGCACAGUGAUGUUCAACAACCCAAGUCAACAGCAACAGUAUAUGGGGCCUGUGGGUACCCAGCAGCUUAUGGCAAGUAUGCACUUGCAGAAACUCAACACUCAGUAUCAGGGCCAUCCUCUCCUAGGCAUGACGGCUGGCCCGGUUGGACCAGGUGCACAGCAAUACAGGAUGGGCCCGGGACAGCAUCCAGGCAUGCAGCAUCUGCCUUCCCCUACUUUGACCUUGAAUGUUAUGGACACGGAUCUUAUUGAUGAGGAGGUCUUGACGUCUUUGGUUAUGGAGCUGGGCUUGGACCGCAUUCAGGAGCUGCCAGAACUCUUUCUGGGACAGAAUGAGUUUGACUUCUUCUCAGACUUUGUUAACAAACAGCCCAGUGCAAUCAGCUGCUGAGAGCAGCUCUCUGCCUUCGGGAAGCAGGCCUGUUUUUCUCGUGGCCUGGCUGUGAUACACGCCUGCCUCCAAGCAUUCUCAUUCUCUCCUGUAGAUACGUUUCCCAGAUCAUCCUUGCUUGUUGCUUGAAAAACAAUACAGACAAUCACCAGAGGCUUUUUAUUUUAACUCCCCCCUCUCCCUUGCACUGCCUUGCUGCUUCUCACAAGGGAGAGUGGCUUUUUCUUGUGCUGUUCACAGAGAGAGUGGUUGAAAGGCUUCUGCAGAUGAGAAACCGAAUAGCAGUUACAGAACGUCAGCCAUUCAGGAAAAAAAGCCCGCCCCUUCAAAAACUCUUCUGCCUUUGGACUAUUUAGACACAAUAAGAGGGGUGGGUUUCAAAGAGGCUGGGAUCUGCUCUGCUGUAUCGUUCUCUGAUGGCAGAACAAGCUGUUUCCAUAAGCCCCUCUCCUUUAGGGGGGUCGCAGAGAUGGAUUUUUAACCUUUUCCCUGAAACGUGAAUGGCUGGGAGAUACUUUUCACUGUUUUUCCUGCCUUGUUUGCCCUUCAGUACUAUGAAAUCUGGAACCAUCUUUAUUUUUUUACUUGAAAAUAUCACUGGCCUCAGGUUGGGGUUUUUGGUUCUGUUCUUUUUUACCCUCUUGUAAUUGCAUUCCUUUGUUUUGAGCUCGCAGGAGUUUCUGGGAGGAUAGCUGGCACAUGUGUUCAAAUGACAAAUCUUCAAGGUUAGGUCACUUCUGAUAGGGAAGACCAACUGAUCAGCAUUUCUUGUUAGGCUGCUACAAACAUGAGCUGUAAGCUGCUCUCUAGCUUUUUCUGCCUCUGAAACCAAAUAAAAUAACUGUAAUUGUGUAUAUUUUUAAUUUUUCAAAGGGAAAAAAAACCUUUGUUGUAUUUCUAUUUAUUUGGAAGAGCUCAAACUAUGUUGCCUUCUGAAAUUACUAGAAGGGCUAAACAAGACACUGAAGUGCAUGUCCCUCCAUAUUUUUUUGUUAUCUCUUAAUUAAAGAGCAAGAAUAUUUUGUUUGAAUGAAAAAAAAAUAGCUUGUUGCUCUCUGGGAGCUUGAUUAUUCUUAAGUUUUGAUUUUGUUUCUCAAAAAAUGGUGUGGAUAGCAAUUUUAUUUUUAUUUUCAAAUUCAGAAAGUUCAGUAGAGUGGAGAUUUGCUAAGGCCCCUUCUGUUUGCAGGCACACAUCACUGUUGAUUAAUGAAGUGGAAAUGUACAGGUGAUUUUGUUUUUCUCCAAAUAAAAGCUAAACCCUCAAAU